AUUUAGAAGAGCAUAGAACUGACAAUAACAGCUAAAAAAUGUGUCAAACAUGCUCUUGGUACAUACAUACAUAUCUGGCAUGAGAACAGUAAACAUUUAAAUAUUAAGGCUUUACAUGUUUACAUACAUUAGUACGUGAGAAAGAGGCAGUGAUUAGAGAUGGAGAAUGAGUUACAGAACACAGAUUGUAGGAGCUGCGUCUAUGGCCGUCGGCAUUUUGAUAGAGAAUAACACAAAUCAUGCACUUGGACUGCUGGAUAAAAUUAAAGACCUUCCCCCAAAAUUAGCGAAUCUGACUGGUGCUGGCUACAUGCUGGUGGCUGCCGGGGCCGUAGUCAUCUUCAUUGCCAUCCUAGCCUGCUAUUGCACCUACUCUGGGAAUACUAACAUGAAUUUUUACCUCAUUAUGGCCAUAAUGAUCACCAUAAUCUUUCUUUUUCUGCUUAUCCGCCUUCAGUGGUGGAAUAGGCUGCAUACAAAUAAAGGAAAAGUUGCUAAGAUCAUCAAGGAUAUGUACGGUCGAAACGACAACGUCACCAAUGCCUGGGACGAGACAAUGAAUCUGUUUAAAUGUUGUGGGUACAACAACUACACCGACUUCACUGGCUCCGCAUUUGUAAGCCUAACCUCACAGUACCCCCAGUUCUGCUGUUUUACAGAAGCUGUACAGUGCGAUCAUGCAAGAGCAAAGUCAGAGCAUGUGGAUGGCUGUAUUGCUGCUCUGGUGACUUUGGUGAAGAAUAAAUCUGCAGUUUUACUCUGCCUGUGUAUUGAAGUCCUUAUGUUACGGGUUGGUGCAAUUAUCUUUUGGCCCCAUAUAAUGCAAACCCAGAACCACUCACAGGAUCGUGUGAUCAUCUAAUAGGAUGCAAUAGUGACAUUGAUGCAGUUAUACAUAUCUUGUCCCACACCUUAUAAAUUAUAAUGUACAGUAUCUCACAGAAGUGAGUUACGCACUCACUUGAGUGAUUUGUAUUCUGUUUUAUUUGUAUGUGUUAUUUUAAUAGAUAAGCACAAAUAAAAUUUUAUGAAACUUUA